AUGGCUCAGCUAAUUAAUGAUGAAACUACAUCAGCUGUACCUAGUGCAUCAGCUAUAUCAACUAAUUCAACUGAUUCAACUGAAAUAUCAAAAAUAUAUAAAGGAACAAUUGUUAAAUACAUUCAUGGUCGUAAUUAUGGUUUUAUAAGAAUUUCAAAUAUUGAAAAAACAGAAAAAAAAGAAAUUUUUUUUCAUAAAUCUCAUAUUAUCAAAAGCAAUUUUAAACCUGAGGUAAAACAAGGUGACAAAUGUCAAUUUGCAAUCGAUGAAGGAAUCAAAGGAAGUAUUGCAAACAAUAUUAUCAUCAGUUAUCGUCCAAUACCUAAAAUUGAAAAACGAAUAAACAGCACCAAUAUAAUACAAGAAAAUGAAUUUAAAGCAACAUUAUUUACUAAGACAAUGUUGGAAUAUUUUCGCUUUGCAACGAGUACCAAUACACAAUAA